UCCCUGUCCCCAGAGCCCAAGGUGGUGUUUGCCAAGGAGCAGCCGGCACGCAGUGAAGUGCAGGCCGUGGCGGGGGCCAGUGCCACGCUGAGCUGCGAGGUGGCCCAGGCCCAGACGGAGGUGACGUGGUACAAGGACGGAAAGAAGCUGAGUUCGAGCUCGAAAGUGCGUGUGGAGGCCUCGGGCCGAGGGCGGCGGCUGGUGGUGCAGCAGGCGGGCAAGGCAGACGCCGGGGAGUACAGCUGCGAGGCCGGGGGCCAGAGUGUCUCCUUCCACCUGGAUGUCACAGGUCAGUCCUGGAGGAGGAUACUAAGCUAGCCUAUUUGGAGGUGACGAGGGGACUGUCUUGCGGCCUCCACAGACUGGUGUUCACUCUCCUGUAGCCUCCCAGUCUUCCACGUCCCACGUUUAUAGCCAUUUUUGCCUGGGGGUGGUAGGAUGGAGAGG